UCCUGCUGUCAGCAGCUGUCUGGGGCAAGAUCUUUAUGCUCCCUGCUCCCUGAGCAGCAACCAGCCUUCAGCCUUCAGCAGAGCUCAUUAGAAGAGGGCCCCCUGGACACUUGAUUUUCAGCUCAUCGGUGGCCGGAAAGAGUUAAUACCUACGGCUUCGCAGCCCCCUGCACAGCCUCUGGGUGCAGAGAGAGGCAGCUUUGGGCUGUGGGGACUUCUCCCUGAGCUGCAGCCCGAGAGCAAGGAAGCAGAACUCCUUAACCCGCAGCCUCUCUGACCACCCAGUUGGCAAAGACCCGCAGGCCAUGAGGACUGGUCAAAGACAGUGAGAGGCCGCGAAAGGGUAAAUCCCUGUGCCCCGCAGUCCUAUCUCCCGCCCUGACGUCCCUGCACAUCGGCCAGAGGGUUAACCGUAAGCGGGUGCCUGUAUGGCCGCUUUACUGAUGCCACGCAGGAACAAAGGGAUGAGGACCCGCCUGGGAUGCCUGUCUCACAAGUCAGACUCCUGUAGCGAUUUCACAGCUAUUCUUCCCGACAAACCCAACCGUGCUCUAAAGAGACUAUCCACAGAAGAAGCCACGAGGUGGGCAGAUUCCUUUGAUGUGCUUCUGUCCCAUAAGUAUGGGGUGGCUGCGUUCCGCGCCUUCUUGAAGACAGAGUUCAGCGAGGAGAACCUGGAAUUCUGGCUGGCCUGUGAGGAAUUCAAGAAGACCAGGUCAACUGCAAAGCUGGUCUCCAAGGCCCACAGGAUCUUUGAGGAGUUUGUGGAUGUGCAGGCUCCGAGGGAGGUAAACAUAGACUUCCAGACCCGAGAAGCCACGAGGAAGAACAUGCAAGAGCCAUCCCUGACUUGCUUUGAUCAAGCCCAGGGAAAAGUACACAGCCUCAUGGAGAAAGACUCUUAUCCCAGGUUCCUGAGGUCCAAAAUGUACUUAGAUUUGCUGUCCCAAAGCCAGAGGAGGCUCAGUUAGACCUCAGAUGGGGACUCUUGGAGAUCACUGGCUUUUCCCCUCCCUUUGCUGCCAAGACCAUAUUCUAACAUGAAAUGUCAUAGGUGUUCAGAAAGCAAUGGCACUUAGGUUGGGAGCCUGGGGAUGAGAAAUGGAUGAAAUGCCAUUCCAAAGUAAGAUCCAGUCACCAGAGCUUGGACUCUAUUCCAUUUACCCAUGUUUGUGUUUCGGUUAGUGGUAGCACCUUGCUGCUGUUACCCUUUUAUUGGGUCAGCAAAUUGCCCUCCAUAAUGCCUUGGGUCAUUGCCACUGAGAAGGCAGAUUUGCUAUGCUGGGCUAUGUGUAAAUAAUGCAAAUGCAAUUUUCACCACUUCCACACCCUCCUCAGUUAGGAUUCCUGACUCUAACGUGUACCAUACCCCUGUGAGGAAGAGCUUAAAGACUCUGGCUCAUGUUUGUGAUUUGCUGUCACAAUGUAAUGGCCAGUCCUGGGUGCUGGGACCUCACAAUGGAGAGAGGUCUCUGGGGAAUCCCAGGUCUCUAGCACUGUCAUUAAUAGGUGGCCUUGGCAGAAGAGGCAAACUCCAUGGCUAUUUCUUCCAUUUCCAUUGGACCAGUAUGAGAAGCUGUGAUCACUGCCCAUCUUAGCCUAGGAAAUUCACAAGACUUUUUUACCCUCACAAUUCCAGGGAGGGUCUUGGGAGAUGUCUUUCAUGAGUUCUGGUGUGGAGCUGCUUUUAAGAAGGAUACAGCUUGCAAAUCUUCUUCAAUUCUACCAAGAAGUAUUCCAGAAGUCAAAUGACCAGGGAACAUAGCACCAGUAGACUUUUGUGCAAUUGGGCACCAUAUAUCCUUUCCGUUGCUUACUGUAUUCUCUGCCCUCACCUCCCUGAGGCAUCACACAUCAUGAUCUCUUAGACUGACAGACAGCUUGACAAAGGGAGGUGAAUUCCCAUAGCAUGGACAGCUCUCAUGGUGCCUAAUACUUUCCUUGUCUCUCCCUGUCCCCCCUUCCAUGCAGGUCAUGUAAUUAUGAUGGGGGAGAAUGGGAAUUUAGGCUGUAACUCUCCAGCUUGCUUCCUGGGAGCAUGCUUUCUUAGAAAGGUCUCUCUCAUGGGGGCCACCUUGGCUAAUCAGCAACUUCCUUCUUGAUCUCUGACCUUUUGGGAUUGAACAUGGAACAGGAGGUGAGGCUAAGAUCACUGUGAACAUCUGGCUGUGGAGAAUCUUCCUAAAAUGCUUUCACGGUACCCUGAGGCUGCUUUUGGAACUGUGUCAGGAAACUCUUCCUUGGAGGACGAGCAUAAAGCUCUAGCUGACUGAGAAAAAGUGGACUUUGGCACAAGUCUGUAACGCCCAAGAUGUGACUCCUCAGCAGAGAGACCAGAAAGUGGAAGAGGAGUCUAGAAGAGGUCAGUCUCCAGCUGGACCAAAUCAUGGAGAAUAUGGCGGAGGUACUAUUGGGAUAAUUCACAGCCAAUGGAUUUGGAUUCAUUGCAGAUCUCCAAAACUUUCAGCUUGACUAAAUGAAAGAACUACGAUUAGGCACAAGCUCUGGAGUUCCGGUGACUGAGAACUGGGCUGAAGCAUUCUCCCCGU